GCGUGCUCCGCGGCCGCCAGAUUUAACCCUUCAGGGCAGGGGGCCGCGCUGCGACCCGCCCCCGCCCCCGCCCCAUUCCCGGACCCUGCAGGAGAUGGGUGCCCCCAUCGGCACACUGUCCUUUGGCCACCGGACAUCAUGCCUCCCAAGAAGGAUGUUCCUGUGAAGAAACCAGCAGGGCCCUCCAUCUCCAAGCCUGCUGCCAAGCCAGCAGCAGGGGCGGCCCCUCCAGUCAAGACCAAGGCUGAGCCAGCUGUUCCCCAGGCCCGUGAGAAAACCAAGGAGCCCCCUAUCGAUCUCUCCAAAGUGGUGAUCGAGUUUAACAAGGACCAGCUGGAGGAGUUCAAAGAGGCCUUUGAGCUGUUUGACCGAGUAGGGGAUGGCAAGAUCCUUUACAGCCAGUGUGGGGACGUGAUGAGGGCCCUGGGCCAGAACCCCACCAACGCCGAGGUGCUCAGGGUCCUGGGGAACCCCAAGAGUGACGAGCUGAAGUCCAAGCGUGUGGACUUCGAGACUUUCCUGCCCAUGCUCCAGGCAGUGGCUAAGAACCGGGACCAAGGCACAUAUGAAGACUACUUGGAGGGGCUUCGUGUAUUUGACAAGGAGGGGAAUGGCAAAGUCAUGGGAGCAGAGCUCAGACACGUUCUCACCACCCUUGGAGAGAAGAUGACUGAGGAGGAGGUGGAGACUGUUCUGGCAGGACAUGAGGACAGCAAUGGCUGCAUCAACUACGAGGCCUUCCUGAAGCACAUCCUAAGCGUCUGAGCUUUACGGAUCCAGUGGGGUCGGUCACCCAGCCCCUGCAGGCGGAAGCACGUUCCAGCCACUAGGAGGCCACUUAUUGUUUCAAAAUAAAGAC